AUGGCAGCUAGGGCCCCUCUAUGCCGUGACGAUUACACGGUCGGAUGGAUCUGCGCUUUACCCCUGGAGAUGGCAGCCGCAAAGCUUAUGUUGGACGCCAUACACCCGAAUCUACCUCGCCCACCGACAGACCAAAACACGUAUAUUCUUGGAAACAUCGAGAAACACAAUAUUGUUAUUGCCUGUUUACCAAGUGGCGCAUAUGGCAUUGUAUCAGCUGCAACGGUAGCGACCCAAUUGCUCUCUAGCUUCCGCUCUAUCCGUUUUGGGCUUAUGGUCGGUAUCGGUGGAGGUGUACCAAGCAGCAACGCAGACAUUCGCCUAGGCGAUAUUGUGGUGAGCCAGCCAGCAGAAACAUCCGGAGGCGUAAUACAAUACGAUCUUGGUAAAACAUUAAGCGGCGGUCAAUUUCAGCGGACGGGGAUGCUUAAUCGGCCACCUAAGGUCCUGCUGACUGCCCUCGCUACCCUCCAAGCCCACCACUUCACAGAUGAUAGUCGAGUUCUUGAAUUUCUCUCUGACGCCCAAGUCAAAACGACCCCGCGCAGAGCUACAACUUUUACACGGCCAACUCAAGAGGACUGUUUAUAUCAAUCAGAAUAUAUCCAUGGAGGAUCUGCUACAUGUAUCGAUUGUGAUCGAUCUAAACUGGCUCUGCGGUUUUCACGAGACCAUCAAGAACCAGUGAUCCACUAUGGACUGAUAGCAUCUGCAAAUCAGGUAGUGAAGGAUGCUAGACAGCGAGACCAGCUAGCUCGAGACCUAGGGGUCCUCUGUGUGGAAAUGGAAGCUGCAGGGCUCAUGAAUGACUUUCCUUGCCUAGUGAUUCGAGGUAUCUGUGACUAUGCUGACUCCCACAAGAACAACGAAUGGCAAGGAUAUGCGGCAGCAGUGGCAGCAGCCUAUGCUAAAGAACUUGUCUUGGUGGUUCCGAUUGAUCAGAUUGAAACUACUCUAACAGCAAGAGACACGCUAGCAGAUCCUGUCCACCGCUUCAAUGUCCCUCUAGACCUUACCACAGUGCCUGUAAUUACAAAUUUCGUGGGAAGGCAAGACGAGCUAGACAAUCUAUGGCAGUAUUUACAACCGACAGAUACUCCAUCUCAGAAAGUUGCAAUUCUUCACGGGCUUGGCGGAAUGGGAAAGACGCAGCUAGCGAUUCGCUUCGCGCGAGAUCAUAGAGAUCAUUUCACGGCCAUAUUCUGGCUAAGUGGCAAGAAUCGCGAUACACUCUUGCAAUCGUUGAGCUUUGCCAUAAACCAAAUACCAGGACAGGGUUGGGAUAGCGAGGCCACUAAUGACAGAGAAGUGGAGCAACGAGCUAGGCAUAUGUUACGUUGGCUAGCAUUGGAUGGCAACUCGCGCUGGCUAAUCAUUUUUGACAACAUCGAUCAAUAUUCCCCCUUCAACGGCGCUGUUGGUGAUAGAUAUGACAUUCGGGAAUUUUUCCCUAAAUCAGACCAUGGCUCCAUUCUUAUCACUUCUCGACUUCAGGACCUGAGUGAGCUAGGAAAGCCUUUCCCGGUUUACAGGCUUGACUCUCAUAACUCAAUUCAACUACUCCUACAAAGCAGUGGACUAUCAGCAAGGGACACCACUAGCAAACUUGACAGCAAUCCAGAUGUCCUUGCUCUUGCUAAUCGUCUGGAUGGACUGCCUUUAGCUAUUGUUAUCGCCGGGGCAUUCAUGCGUGAAACUGGAACCAGCAUCACUGAGUACUUACAAUACUACCAAGAAUCUUGGUCUGAGCUACAGCUACAAUCAAAUCCCGGUCGUCAGUACCAGCAAGGCAAUAUACUGCAAACAUGGAUGAUCUCAUAUCUUGAGAUCCAGAAGCGUGACCCAAGCGCAGCACACCUUCUAUUGCUACUUGCUCGUUUUGAUAAUCAUGAUAUCUGGUACGAGUUAGUGAAGAAUGGCUGCCAUAGCUCAAACGUCCCGGACUGGCUCAAAAUGACUAUAUCAAGCGGACUCGCGUUCAAAAUUGGUGUGAAGUCUCUCAUCCGAUUCUCUCUUCUUGAGAGUAAGCAACAAGAAGGAAGCUAUACGAUACACCCAGUAGUACAAGACUGGUGCCUUCAUGUUGCCAACACAGAUCAAAAUGUGAACUUCACGCAGCUUAAUGAGCUGGCACUUAUAUCUGUUGGAUACUCUGUGCCCAGUGAAAGUAAUAGGGUCUGUUCAGAGCUUCAGCAACGGCUUCUUCCACACGCCAAUCAUAUAUAUCAUCUAGAUUGGUCAGAUGAUAAUAUUGAGACAUGGUGGGCAUUCCUUCGUUUAGGGGAUCUUUACAUUAAUCAAGGCAAGCUGAAGGAGGCAGAAGAGAUGUUCCAGCGAGCUCUGGCAGGAUAUGAGAAGGCUCUAGGUCCUGAUCAUACAUCUACUCUUAAAACAGUCAACAACCUUGGUGUUCUCUACAAGGCCCAAGGCAAGCUGAAGGAGGCAGAAGAGAUGUUCCAGCGAGCUCUGGUAGGAUAUGAGAAGGUCCUAGGACCUAAUCAUAUACAUACUCUCGAUAUAGUCAACAACCUUGGGGGUCUCUGCCUAAAUAAGGGUAAGCUAAAGGAGGCAGAAGAGAUAUACCAGCGAGCCCUAGCAGGCAAGGAGAAAUCCCUAGGUCCUGAUCAUAUAUCUACUCUCAAUACAGUCAACGACCUUGGGGGUCUCUACCUAAAUCAGGGUAAGCUAAAGGAGGCAGAAGAGAUAUACCAGCGAGCCCUAGCAGGCAAGGAGAAAGCCCUAGGCCCUGAUCAUAUAUCUACCCUCGAUACAGUGAACAACCUUGGUGUUCUCUACUAUGAUCAGGGUAAGCUAAAGGAGGCAGAGGAGAUGUACCAGCGAGCACUAGCAGGCAAGGAGAAGGCCCGAGGUCCUGAUCAUAUAUCUACUCUCAAUACAGCGAACAACCUUGGUGUUCUCUACGAGGUUCAAGGCAAGCUCAAGGAUGCAGAAGAGAUGUACCAACGAGCUCUGACAGGCAAAGAGAAGGCCCUAGGUCCUGAUCAUAUAUCUACUCUCGACACAGUCAAUAACCUUGGUGUUCUCUACAAGGUUCAAGGCAAGCUCAAGGAUGCAGAAGAGAUGGGUCUCUACAAGGCUCAAGGCAAGCUGAAGGAGGCAGAAGAGAUGGACCAGCUGUACCAGCAAGCACUGGCAGGCAAGGAGAAGGCUCUGGGUCUAGAUCACGAUAAAACUCAGUGA